GUUGAGGUUCUGCAAGUUGAACUUUGACCUGCCGACGAAACAUGGCGGCGAGAAAUCCUGGGGUGGACUACGAUGAGACUUGGAUACAGAAUGUCUACAUCAACCUGCCAGCUGUCAACAGACGAGCAGAAACAAUCGCAUCCCGCAGAGCUGUGAAAAAAGAAUGGCAAGCAGCAUGGCAGUUACGAGCUGUGACGUGCAUUGACCUCACCACACUGGCAGGUGAUGACACAGCAACAAAUGUCAGGCGACUUUGUUACAAGGCAUUACAUCCCAUCAGACCUGAACUCCUCAAGACCAUGGAUAUGGCCUCAGCAGGUGUGACUACUGCUGCAGUUUGUGUUUACCCAAACCGUGUUGCUGACUGCUGGAAAUCAAUGGAAAACUUCCAUGCCAAAAUUCCAAUUGCAUCAGUUGCAACUGGCUUUCCUACGGGCCAGACACCACUAGAAACCCGCCUUGAGGAAAUUCGAAGAGCUGUUCAGGAUGGCGCCUCAGAGGUGGACAUUGUAAUCAACAGGACUCUAGCACUAGGAGGAGACUGGAAAGGUGUUUAUGAUGAGGUGCAGCACAUGCGCAAGGCAUGUGGAGAGGCACACAUGAAAACAAUUCUUGCCACUGGUGAGUUGGGCUCACUGGUCAACGUGUACAAAGCCAGCAUGGUCUGUAUGAUGGCAGGGGCUGACUUUAUCAAGACUUCUACAGGUAAGGAAGGUGUCAACGCAACCUUUCCUGUGGCCCUGGUUAUGGUUAGAGCCAUACGGGAUUACUACGAGAGGACAAGGCAUAAGGUGGGAUUCAAGCCAGCAGGAGGUAUUCGCACAGCUAAAGAUGCAUGCACAUGGUUGAUGCUUAUGAAGGAAGAACUUGGAGAUGACUGGACUCAACCUCAGCUGUUUCGUAUUGGUGCCAGCGCUCUUCUGGGUGACAUUGAACGGCAGCUGUAUCACUUUGUCACUGGCAGGUACCCAGCCUCCUACCAAAUACCUCUAGCAUAGACCCUAUAUUACUCUAACCUUUAUCAAGUAUAUUGGGUCAACAAUGCAUCAGUAGAUCGCUAUAGUUCUUCUUCUGACAUUAACUGGAUUUUAUGGUAUUUUUUUCAGAAAUACAAAAUUAUGUACAGUUUCUCUAAUGACACGUUUAGUUCUUGAUAGAAGAUUUUACAUUUAUGAUUAUCCAAAAAUGUUUAUAGUUUUCCAUCUGUCAUAUCUCAUAUCUCGUGCCUCUGUUGACCAUUGUAGUGACUUUUCCACUUGCUGUAACCAGUGAUUACAAGUGUGAGGGUUAGGUUUAGUUUCAAGGGAGAAGUGGUUUCAUCAGUUGCUGACAUCUAUAAUGAAGUCAUUUAAAUCCCAAUGAAAAAAAACUUUUCGGCAUGUGUUCAAAGUAUUUCUGUGUUUUGUGUGACGGGGAGAAUAACGUGUAUUUUGUAAGGAUGCAUGAUGCAUGGCACGACAAUUGGCAUCUGCACGAUGUGUAACGCGUUUUGAUGGGUUGGUAUUUGUGCUCACGUUCACAAACUUUCAUAUGGAUAUUGAUAUCUACUUAUUGAAUUAAAUCAGUGAAGAUUUGCGGACAUGCCUGUGUAUUUUUUUAUGAACUGUAACAGUUCUAAAGCACAAUAAAAGGUGAUGCAAACUAUUUGUCAACUUUGAAAUGAUGUAGCUCGAACCACUUGCAAAACACCAUGUGCUUCCCUUGGUGAACGUGAAAGAGCAUUGUCUGCUGACUCCAGUGGUAUAUGACAUGGCAGUGUCCAGUUUAUGGUAGCCACCCACUGGCGGGCAAAGACACCCACCCUUAUUCAAAAAGUUGGUACGAGUGUGCAGUCACAAUGGCAGCAGACACAUUGACACAAAUAUACAGGAGUACUUAGUGAAUAGUCAUUUGAACACUAAUUUGAUGAACGCUUGUGUUAAAUGUGAUGAUUUUGUGACAUUUCUGCCAGUCUUGGGACAGAAUGUUGCAGCUGAUGACGAUGCAAUUCUGACGACAGUUUCCACAUUGGAACUGUUUGUGACAUAAUGAAUGAACAUGUAGCAAUUAUCACAUUUUUGAUGGAAAUUUCUUUAGAAAAUAAUACACAGUCGUGGAAACAGAAGUCUUCAGCUGUGUAUAUGACUAAAUAAUGAAAGUUGAUGUGUCCAUUCACUCUGCUCAGAUGAAUCACUUUGCAAUGAUUUCUUGCUUUUGAGAAUGUAUUCACUAUUUUGCAAUGCAUUUUAAAAAAUAAAGGUUAUGUAUAUUUACUUUUAA